CCUGGCCCCGCGCCCCGGGCACCAGCCAUGUCCCCAACCCCGCGGCAGCCGCCCAAGCACAUUUUGUUUUAAGCCAGCUUUCUUCGAGUCGAUAAAACGGGGCCAGGGGAGAUAAACAACGAUCACAUCGGGCAGCUUGACCACCCUGAUGACCCCGAGAGCGUCGUGUCCUACAGCUCUAAAAUGCGCCAUCAGGGAUGGGGCGAGCUGAGCCACCCCGGUGUCCCCAUGCCAUGCCCCCGUCGGCGGUGCCCUCACCCCUCUGAGUCUCCCCGUGUCCCCCCACAGCCAAGACGUGGUGGAGGGCGAUGGUCCCGGUGCCCAACAGCACGGCGGUGACAUGGCCGGAGCCGGAGCGGUCGCCCUGCAUGGUUGGCAUCUUCCCUGUCGUGUACUACAGUGUCCUGCUGGGCCUGGGGCUGCCAGUGAACGUCCUGACAGCCGUGGCCCUGUCCCGCCUGGCCACGAGGACCAAGAAGUCGUCAUACUGGUACCUGCUGGCCCUCACCACGUCCGACAUCCUCACCCAAGUCUUCAUCAUCUUCGUGGGCUUCAUUCUGCAGACGGCCAUCCUGGCACGGGCGGUGCCUCGCGCCUUCAUCCACAUCGUCAACGUUUUGGAGUUCACAGCCAACCACGCCUCCAUCUGGGUCACCGUCCUGCUCACCGUGGAUCGCUACGUGGCCCUGUGCCACCCGCUGCGGUACCGCGCCGUCUCCUACCCCCGCCGCACCCGCAGGAUCAUCGCCGCUGUCUUUGCCGUGGCUCUGGCCACCGGCAUCCCCUUCUACUGGUGGCUGGACGCCUGGCGUGACGCUGACCCACCCACCGCACUGGACAGAGUGCUCAAAUGGGUGCACUGCGUCACCAUCUACUUCCUGCCCUGCAGCAUCUUCCUGGCCACCAACUCCGUCAUCAUCCACAAACUGAAGCAGCGCGGGCGCUCUGGGAGCCGCCGGCCGCACCGGGGCAAAACCACGGCCCUCCUUCUGGCCGUCACCACCGUUUUCAUCGUGCUCUGGGCGCCCCGCACCGCUGUCAUGAUGUGUCACCUCUACGUGGCCUCGGUCAAGAGGGACUGGCGCGUGCACCUGGCCCUGGACAUCGCCAACAUGGCAGCCAUGCUCAACACCACCCUCAAUUUCUUCCUCUAUUGCUUUGUCAGCGAGACGUUCCGCCGCGCCGUGAGCGAGGUGCUGUGUGCCCACACGUGGCAUGGCCCCCGCUACAGCGGCGCCCGCUUUGUGCCCCCAACCCUGAGCCCGCUGCAGCUACCGGGCACGGCGUGCUCAGCAGGGGGCUGCCACCAGCCGGGGGUCUCGGUGCUCACCCAGCACCCAGUGGGACCAUGCCCGAGGGAUGCUGCCCCGCUGUGCCCACACACACAGAGCUGCGGUGCUGGGGGUGGUGGGAGCUCACAGCUGCUCUCCAGCUCCAACAACGCAGCAAACCUGCACCGAGGGCUGGGCCCAGGUGAGCUCUGCAGCCCCGGGGAGGAGGCAAUGUGAUGGGGUUGGGCUCUCCUGCAUAAACUCCGAUGUUCAGUCUGUAA